AUGCAGAAGGUCAUCCAACGGACGGCCACGGCCAGGAAGCAGGCCCAAAAGAAGCUCUUCCGGGCCCAGAGACGGGAGGAGCUGGUUGAGCGCUCUCAGGGAAUUCGCUCAAGGAGGGAAUUCAACAAGAGCAUUCUUACCAACCAGAAAGCAGCACGGGAGAACCGAUGGGAAGACUGGGCCAAACGUGAGCUGGCUCCAAAGCGAGAUGUCGGAGUAUUGGAAUUCACCUACGUGGCAGACAGAGUCUGUAUCAUUCGGGGUCGGGAUGCGGGUAAGAUCAGUGAUAUCACCCAGGUCAAUGCCGAAAGUGAGACGGUCACGCUCAAAGACCUCAAUAUGGCCGAUGUCGCUGUCCCUGAAUGGGCCAAAGAAGGAAUGGGCAUGAAGGGCGAUGUUAUGACCCAGGCUAUGCCGGUACCAAUGGAUAACAUCCGACACGUCAUUGCGUUGGAGGACCCAGACACACAAGAGGUCAUGGACCACAUUAUUGAGCACGCAUACGCUGGAAAGCCUUACUUUGAGCGGCCAUCGUGGAGCAAGCUUCCCCGGUUUACUCGAUAUGUUUCUGGACUCGACAUCGAGAUUCCUUGGCCGAAGGAGGAAGAACCGGAGAUCAAGGAUCAUGACUGUGAUACCUCGCGCUACGAAGUCGACAUCCCCUCCUGGACCCCCACGCUGGAGAGUGCUCCAUUCCCCUCCAGCGUUCUCGAUGAACUCCGCAACAAAUAUUCAAGGUUCCGAAAACGCCACGACCCCGAAUACGUGAGGGAGAAGGUCAUUGAGGAGUAUCGGCGGGAAUGGCUCGACAGCCAGUCUUUGUUGACACCUCUUGGACAAUUCCGACAGCAGCGGGCUGCGAAGAGUGCCGCAGCCAAGGUGUCGAAGCUGGAUGCCAAUGGCAAUGUAAUUAUGGACACGGAGACAGAUGCUUUCAUCAGCCAGUUCAUGAACAUGAACAUGGCUAUAAAUUCGGCGGGCAUGCCCAUUGCCGCCAUCGAGGAGGCCUUCGUCACUGAGCCCUCACUGAAAAAGAGAGUCUACGAUGCGAUCGGAUAUACACCGCAACAUGCACCUUUAUUUGAAGAUCUUGCGCGUUACACAUCUUCCCUGCAGGCCAGGGCCGCGAGCACUUCACUUCCGAUCGUACCGCCACCAAACGACGGUCCUGCCGCGAAGAAGCGCAAAAUACAGAAUGGGACAUCCGUGGAGACUCCACAAGCGCCUGUCAGUCUGAAAGAUGCGCCGGUGCAGUUCUACGUUCAAGACAUCUCGUUCGCCAUGCCGCAGCGCAAGAAGCUCACGCUCGAGGUCACUGCUGGGUAUCUCCGCACGAGGAACCAAACUACAAAGGAGGUGGAGUUUGGCAUCCCGAUGGAAAAGAUACGCCAUGCACUGUGCCUUCCGGUCCCAGAAAAGACGCAGAAACAAUUCAAUUUCUGUAUCAUUCCCGAUUUCACAGAUGGGGUUACGCCGCCGCCGGAGGGCAUAUCAGCUCUAGAUGCCAUGGUGUUCACCGUGGCCGAUGGCCCGGCCAAAGCUGCGUUCUCUGGAUCGGGUCAACAGAUUGGUAACAACCCAGGCGAGACUGCGGAGGCAUUGAUUCAGAAGCUUCUCGAUGAUAACAUGCCUAAUACAAAUGUCAUUCGACCCGACGAGAGAGAAUUUGUGAGCGCGACGCCUGAGGCGCAUCGCAAGGGUGAGAAGGCAUAUCACGUCAAAGCAUUCCGGGGCAGCAAAGAAGGUUAUCUAUUCCUGCUCUCGACGGGAAUUUUAUUCGCUUUCAAGAAGCCACUUCUUUUUUUCUCGUUCGAUACGGUCGAAUCGGUCUCUUAUACAUCCGUUCUCCAGCAUACGUUUAACCUGAACAUCAUUGCUCGUCCAAGAAAUGGCUCUGAGGAAGACAAUCAGGAAUUUGAGUUCUCUAUGAUUGAUCAAGAGAACUUUGGCGGCAUUGACGAGUAUAUCAAACGCCACGGUCUGCAGGAUUCAAGCCUAGCGGAGGCUCGCCGUGCCAAGGUGUAUAAUGUCAACGCGCCGAAAAAUAUCGAGGAGGCCGCUGCCGAAGCCACGGGUAUCGAGGAGGAGAGCGAGUUACAAAAAGCCCAGCGAGAGCUUGAAGACCAAGAGGACGAGGAGGAUGAAGAAGACUACGACCCGGGCAGUGACGGUGAAAGCGAAGGCAGUGGGUCAAGCAGUGAUGAAGAUUCCGACGAAGACGAAUUUCAUGAAAACGCUGAAUAUGUUAGCGACGGUGACGAGGAAGAGAUUCAGGAGGAGCUUGGCGGCGAGGCUGAUGAAGGUGAAAAUGAAUAG